AUGCAAGAAACAGGUACUGUCGUCCCUGAUAACUUCACGUUCCCAGUGUUACUAAAAGCAGUUUCUAAUCUUUCAUAUGGCCGAAUUGGGUUAGCUCUCCAUGCCCAGAUAGUGAAAACGGGCUUUGACAACCAUCUGUUGGUCCAAACUUCUCUUCUGAACAUGUACUCAUCUGUUCAAAGAAUUGAUGAAGCUCGUAAGGUUUUUGAUGGUAUGCAAGAUAAGGAUUUGGUUGCUUGGAACUCUAUGUUGGAUGCAUAUGUUUCGAUCCAGAAGAUGGAUUUUGCAACCCAACUUUUCCGAACCAUGCCCCAAAGGGACCUUUUGUCAUAUAACAUCAUGGUUUCCGGGUAUUCGAAAAUUGGUGAUAUGGAUUGUGCCAGGGCCAUAUUUGAUGAAAUUCCUCAAAGAGAUACCAUCUCAUGGAACUCUUUGAUAUUGGCAUGUGGUAAUCAUGGGGACAUGGUAGAAGCACGUAAGGUGUUUGAUGAAAUGCCUCAAAGAAAUGUCAUUUCAUGGAACACAUUGCUUGGAGCAUAUUUGAAGAACGGAUUAUUUGAAGAAGUUAUUCUUAUCUUCGAAAAGAUGAAAGCGGAAAACACAACGUCCCCAGAUCAUCUUACAAUAACAACAUCCUUGUCUGCUUGUGCUCAGUUGGGGUUGCUAGAAAAAGGUCGUCAAAUCCAUGUCUAUGCCCAAGAUUCACGACUUGUGUCGAGCCCCCAUGUAACCACUUCCCUAAUAGACAUGUACGCCAAAUGUGGGUGCGUAGAGAGCUUUCUGACCGUGUUUUACAAGUCAAAAGUCCGAGAUGUAUACUGUUGGAAUGCAUUGAUAUCUGGACUUGCACUUCACGGCUAUGGUGUCGCUGCUCUCAAAGUGUACGAUGAAAUGCUCCAAAGUACAAAUCCUGAUGAUAUAACCUUCAUUGCUUUGCUUAGUGCCUGCAGCCAUUCAGGUCUGAUCGAAGAGGGUCAAACCCUGUUCGACUCUAUGGAGAUCGACCAUGGUGUGGCUCGUAAGAUGGAGCACUAUGGGUGUUUGGUUGAUCUUCUCGGCCGAGCCGGAUUUCUCGAAAGUGCAUAUACGAUCAUUGCGACGAUGCCAUUUAGGGCAGGGAAGUCUGUUUUGGGUGCGUUGCUUGGUGCUUGUGUGAAUUAUAGGGAUCUCGAGAUCGGGGAGAAGGUAGUUAAGAUCCUCGUUAACGAUGGUUUUCUAAACGAUGGGGAUUACAUGAUGGUGUCUAAUUUGUAUGCUUCAUGUGACCGUUGGGAUGAUGCGAAUUGUUGGAGAGCGAUGAUGAACAAUUCGGGAAUUGUGAAGGCCGCGGGAUCUAGCUCGAUUGAGGUUGCUAAUAAGAUGCACAAGUUUUUAGCUGGGAAUUCGAGUUGA